AUGGGAGUCUGGUUAAAUAAAGAUGACCGGGUUAGAGACUUGAAAAGGGUCCUUCUCUGCUUUCUAAUAGUGUAUAUGGCUGUGUUAGUGGACACAGAUCAGGAUUUUUACAGUUUACUUGGAGUAUCCAAAACUGCAAGCAGUAGAGAAAUAAGACAAGCUUUCAAGAAGUUAGCAUUGAAGCUUCAUCCUGAUAAAAACCCGAAUAACCCAAAUGCACAUAGUGAUUUUUUAAAAAUAAAUAGAGCGUAUGAAGUACUCAAAGAUGAAGAUCUGCGGAAAAAGUAUGACAAAUAUGGAGAAAAGGGACUUGCAGAUAAUCAAGAAGGAGGCCAGUAUGAAAGCUGGAAUUUUUAUCGUUAUGAUUUUGGUAUUUAUGAUGAUGAUCCUGAAAUCAUAACAUUGGAGAGAAGAGAAUUUGAUGCUGCUGUUAAUUCUGGAGAGCUGUGGUUUGUGAACUUCUACUCCGCAGGCUGUUCACACUGCCAUGACUUAGCUCCUACGUGGAGAGACUUUGCUAAAGAAGUGGAUGGGUUACUUCGAAUUGGAGCAGUUAACUGUGGCGAUGAUAGAAUGCUCUGCCGAAUGAAAGGAGUGAACAGUUAUCCCAGCCUCUUCAUAUUUAGGUCUGGAAUGGCUGCAGUGAAAUACCAUGGUGACAGAUCAAAGGACAGUUUAGUGAGCUUUGCCAUGCAGUAUGUCAGAAGUACUGUGACAGAACUGUGGGCAGGAAAUUUUGUUAAUGCCAUACAAACUGCUUUUGCCUCUGGUAUUGGCUGGCUGAUAACGUUUUGUUCCGAAGGAGGAGAUUGUUUGACUUCACAGACACGUCUCAGGCUUAGUGGCAUGUUGGAUGGUCUUGUUAAUGUAGGAUGGAUGGACUGUGCCACCCAGGCCAACCUUUGUACAAGUUUGGAUAUAACAACAAGUUCUACCGCCUAUUUUCCUCCUGGAGCCACUUUAAAUGACAAAGAGAAAAGCAAUGUUUUGUUUCUUAAUUCAUUGGAUGCUAAAGAAAUAUAUUUGGAAAUAAUGCAUAAUCUUCCAGAUUUUGAACUACUUUCGGCAGACACACUAGAGGAUCGUUUGGCUCAUCAUCGAUGGCUCUUAUUUUUUCAUUUUGGAAAAAAUGGAAAUUCAAAUGAUCCUGAGUUGAAGAAACUAAAGACUCUACUUAAAAACGAACAUAUUCAAAUUGGCAAGUUUGACUGUUCCUCUGCACCAGAUAUCUGUAGCAAUCUCUAUGUUUUUCAACCAUGUCUAGCAGUAUUUAAAGGACGAGGAACCAAAGAAUAUGAAAUUCAUCAUGGGAAGAAGAUUCUCUAUGAUAUACUUGCCUUUGCCAAAGAAAGUGUUCAUUCUCAUGUUACCACACUUGGACCUCAAAAUUUUCCUGCCAAUGACAAAGAACCAUGGCUUGUUGAUUUCUUUGCCCCUUGGUGUCCACCAUGUCGAGCUUUAUUGCCAGAGUUGCGAAAAGCAUCAAAGCAUCUUUAUGGUCAGCUAAAAUUUGGUACACUAGAUUGUACAGUUCAUGAGGGACUUUGUAACAUGUAUAACAUUCAGGCUUAUCCAACAACAGUGGUGUUCAAUCAGUCCAAUGUUCAUGAAUAUGAAGGCCAUCACUCUGCUGAACAUAUCUUGGAAUUCAUAGAGGAUCUUAUGAAUCCUUCAGUGAUCUCCCUGUCACCCACCACUUUCAACGAACUAGUUAAGCAAAGAAAACAUGAUGAAGUCUGGAUGGUUGAUUUCUAUUCUCCGUGGUGUCAUCCAUGUCAAGUUUUAAUGCCAGAAUGGAAAAGAAUGGCCCGGACAUUAACUGGACUAAUCAAUGUGGGCAGCAUAGACUGCCAACAGUAUCAUUCUUUUUGUUCUGAAGAAAAUGUUAGAAGAUAUCCUGAGAUAAGAUUUUUCCCCCCAAAAUCAAAUAAAGCUUAUCAAUAUCAUAGUUACAAUGGUUGGAAUAGGGAUGCCUAUUCCCUAAGAAUUUGGGGUCUAGGAUUUUUGCCUCAAGCAUCUAUUGAUCUUACACCUCAGACCUUCAAUGAAAAAGUUUUACAAGGAAAAAACCAUUGGGUGGUUGACUUCUAUGCUCCUUGGUGUGGACCUUGCCAAAAUUUUGCUCCAGAGUUUGAACUCUUAGCUAGGAUGAUUAAAGGAAAAGUGAAAGCUGGAAAAGUAGACUGUCAGGCCAAUGCUCAAACAUGCCAGAAAGCCGGUAUCAGAGCCUAUCCAACUGUUAAAUUCUUUCCCUACGAAAGAGCAAAGAGAAAUAUUGGGGGAGAACAAAUAGAUUCCAGAGAUGCAAAAGAGAUUGCUUCUUUAAUAUAUGAAAAAUUAGAAAAUCUCCAAAAACAUGGAAUGAGAAAUAAGGAUGAACUUUAA